UGCCAAUGUCGAAGUUCAACUGCAACAACAACAGGACGAGGAACGGAUGGUUAUUCAAAGCUCAACUCAACGAUGAAAAUGAUCCGUUGCUCCGAUCAGCCAUCCAUUCAGCUUCUCUUCGUUUCCAGGAGACGCACAAACGAGGCAAUCUGUAAUCCGAUUCUUGGUUUAUGAAACCAGUGGCUAAGCCUAAUAAUCAUUUUUGUUUAUUUGUGUUUGCAGAGCCUCUAUUUGUGGAUCCUUAUGCUGGGUGCUUUGUUCCAGCUCACACUCGGAUGGAUUUGGAGAAUCCAUUGAGACAUUACUGCAUAGCAACCAAGUUCAUCGAUGAUAAGCUGCUUCGUACAGCAAACCACAUGGAUGGGCUUAAACAGGUUGUGAUCCUAUCGGAUGGAAUGGAUACUCGGCCGUAUAGACUUAACUGGCCGAGCUCCACCAUUAUAUUUGAUAUCUCUCCUGAUAGGGUCUUCCAAAACGCAGCUCAAAAGCUAAAAGGCGUUGGGGCUAAGGUCCCAAGAAACUGCUUGUACCUUCAUGUUCCACUGGAAUCUACCGAUAUACAACAGGCGUUGCGUGCGACGGGCUUUAAUGGAAACCGUCCAAGCAUAUGGGCUAUCCAGGGACUUCCUGUGAUGACUUUGGCAAGGUUUGAAGAGAUUUUAUCCACAGUCAAUGGUAUGGCUAUGAAAGAAGGAAGUGUCUUCCUAGGGGAGUUGCCUGCAUGGUUGGCCGAGACCGAAUUCGGUUCCAAGUCUAGCACAGCGGAAUGGUUGGGCAAUCUUUUUAUGAGCAAUGCUUUCAAGGUAGACAUGAUUAGGUACAAUGAUGUGGCUAAGAGUCUAGGUGAGGUAGUGAAACCGGGAGAACACAAAAACAUACUCUUCUUCUCGGAACAAUUGCGGUUUUCGAAUGCUGAGAUGGAAACUCGGAGGGCAGAGAUGCAGGAGGAAGGUUUUGAGGAGCAUUGA